AGUUCUAUUCCAUUCCAUUCCCCAAAUCCCGUUCCAAACACAACAUAAAACUCCACCAUCUCCCGCCAUGACACCCACUCUUCCCUUGGUCUAUUCGCUUGAUUUUCCCUCUCUCGUUAGAAAUUAAGCAAUCGAGGAAGAUGGAGCUUACGGUGAUAGAUCUGUCUACGUAUUUGGAGAUCGCCCCCCAACUCGACAACAACUCGGCGGGCCAACUAGGGCCGGAACUCCGGGAUCUGUGCGGGGAGGUGAGUCGAGUGCUGAGGGAGACCGGGGCCUUGCUGGUGAAGGAUCCGAGGUGCACCGUGGAGGACAAUGAUCGAUUCAUAGAUAUGAUGGAGGAAUACUUUGAGAGACCCCCGGAGUUUAAACGCCUUCAGGAGCGCCCUCACCUGCAUUACCAGGUUGGCGUAACACCAGAGGGAUUGGAAGUCCCAAGAAGCCUGGUUGAUGAAGAGAUGCAAGAUAAACUAAGAGCAUUGCCUAAAGAUUCCCAGCCGUUGACUCCUCUUGGACCGGAUCCCAAGUGGCGAUACAUGUGGAGAAUAGGUCAUCGCCCAUCAAACACCCGUUUUAAGGAGCUCAACUCAGCUCCUGUCAUACCUGAGGGAUUUCCUGAAUGGAAAGAUACCAUGGAUUCAUGGGGACACAAAAUGAUCUCAGCAAUAGAGGCUGUUGCUGAAAUGGCAGCAAUUGGGUUUGGCUUGCCAAAGGAUGCUUUUACUUCAUUGAUGAAGCAGGGACCGCAUCUUCUUGCUCCAACAGGGAGCAACCUCCGACUAUAUGGCCAGGAGGGCACUGUUUUUGCUGGAUAUCAUUAUGACCUCAACUUUCUUACUAUUCAUGACAGAAGUAGAUUUCCCGGCCUCAACAUUUGGCUCAAGAAUGGGGAGAAAGUUGGGGUGAAGGUUCCUGUGGGAUGUCUACUCAUUCAGACAGGAAAGCAGAUAGAGUGGUUGACUUCUGGUGACUGCAUGGCUGGCAUGCACGAAGUUGUUGUCACAAGCAAGACAACGGAAGCAAUCAAAUUAGCAUCAGAGCAAAAUCGCAGUCUAUGGAGAGUUUCCUCAACUUUGUUUUCCCACAUUGCAUCGGAUGCCAUGUUGAAGCCUUUAGGCCACUUCUCAGAAUCACGACUUGCGAGCAAAUACCCACCCAUGUGUGCAGGAGAGUUUGUUGAACAAGAGUUAGCAGUGAUCAAUUUGAAAGGAAAGAAAGGCAACUCUUAGUAGUAUGUUGAAUAAGAAAGUCUCAUUGUUGUUAUUUCCAGGACGACGAUGUUACAGCAUCUAUUGCCUAUGGGAGUUGGACUAAGCUGCGAUAAAUAGAAACAUUGGAGACAUUUUUCAAAUAAUUUGCGGAAGCCACAGGAAAAUUAUUCCGGAGUGUAAUGUUGGGGAUGGUAUGCGUUGCAUCUUGUUUAAUGACAUUUCUGAAAUUUUCAGUGUUUACUCCGAUCCGUACACCUGUGGAAAAUUUAACUUUCAUGAAAAGCUGAUUGGUUCCAAGGUGAGAGUUCAAAGUUUCUUGAUCUGAAUUUUUCCCCCCUUGUUGAUAUGAUGAAUGUCUUAUCUAUCUUCUUAA